GGACUCACAUCGGUCACAUGCACGGCCGCUCGAUUAAACGCGUUUCGCGCGAUUCAGGGAAAAUUGUUCGUGAACCGCGACCUGGUAUGCAGCAACAGCAAUGAGCUGGCAUAAAUUGUACGCAUCACGUCGACGGAGCUCGCGGGCGCGCUGGAACGCGCGAUAUAGAGAACCAAAGUCGUUUUCGCUCAGCAGCGGUGCAUUUCGCGCGAAUGAUGCGAGCUGCCAUCCUCGUAACUUAAUACGCGAUUCUUCCUAACCUACUCGCCUGUGCCAUUACGCUGCAUAACCUGAUCCGCGCGCAUGCAUAACAUAUUGUGGUCUGAUUCGUCGCGCUAGUGCGAUCGUUCGCGUCGCGCGUGCCGAUAACACGACAUUACCUCGACCGUGCGGCAUCGAUCGCGUUGAUUCCGUCCGGCGAGACACGUGCUCUCGCCUAAGUACCGAGAAAAAACAAACAAACGGUGCGCCUCGCAGCACAGUGUUUCUAAGCGGUUCGGUCAGUUCGCUGGAAAGUGGAACGCACCUCGUGUUCCAGUUUUUUUUUCGAGUGUGCUGGCGUAGCGCUGCCAUGUGGACGGAAUUUUCGAGGAUUUUAGCAGCAUUAGCGGAAUACAAGGAUUACAUAGUUGCGACAAAUUUCGAGGAUACCAAGGUUGUGCAAUCAAGACGCCGACAAUACGCGCCGAAAACAUAGAUUCUGAAGAAUUUGAACGCUGCAACGGUGCAGAAGGGCUCUAUGUGCUCCACUGUGGCUUGGGCGAAUGGUACUUUAGUUUCCGAGAGCUUGCUAUUGUGGUAUCAGGAGAGGUGCACCCAGACGAUCUGUAAUUCGGACAUACGACAGCGGCAACAUGCUCAACGAGAUCAAGGCGGCGGUACUGUUCAUAGUACAGCUGAUCGAAAAAAGCGAAAAAUUUAGUCCCGAUCAACUGGACUGCUUUAAACGGCACCUGGUCGAGGUGUUGGCGGAACGCUUCAAGAACCACUGGUUUCCGGACAAGCCGUUCAAAGGCCAGGGCUACCGCUGUAUUCGCGUCAAUGGUCACAAUCGCCGGGACGCGACUCUGGAGAGUGCUGCGAAUGCCGCUGGAGUGAAAUACGAAGACUUGGACCUGCCUGUGGAACUGACGCUGUGGGUGGAUCCUAACGAGGUCUGCUGUCGAUUCGGUGAGAGCAAGGGAUCCUACUGCACACUGGCAUCGUUCGAAGACAAAGAGAACACCGUACCCAUCUUCCAAAACGACCGUCACGAGAAUGCAGAGAAAGAGAACAAGCAAGCCCAUAUGGGGUCUACCAAGAUACAGAAAUCCCCUCUAACCGCUAGCACAGAGCAACAACAGUCAAAAUCAAAACCGCUAAGCACCGCUAAUCAAAAUCAACAGCAUAGCAAUAACGGUACAGGUAGGAAGCGUAAUUUGAAUAGUCCUAGACUACACGUGAACAGAAAUCGUUCGUGGUUCGGUCACUCCUUCAACAUGGGUUACGGUCCUCAUCCGAUCAGCCAGCCGUGGUACAAUAUAAUGCCUCCGCAUUUCCUCGGUGGCCCUUCACCGCCGCCCUUUAUGGGCCACCGGGGGAACAAGUGGGUACAUCCGCCUUCUUAUCCCGCAGGACCCGCACGUUUUCACCACUGGUCUCCCAAAGCUGCUCUUAAAGUAUAAAAAACUCGCUUUAAGGAAAUCAGUUAAGAAACCUGUUUCUUCUUUAAAAAAAUGUUUAUAGGAGAAAGUGUGAUCGCACUUGUAAUAUGUUUGCUUUGCAAAAAAAUAUUGUUUUUCUCAGCUUGAUGAAUCAUACUAUGUUUACAUUGAAGCUCAAGAGCGUUUUAAUUAAAAUUGUAUUUGCGAUAAAGAUAUGCAUAGAUCAAAUAUGUUGAGAUUUCUAUUCUGGAACAGGUUUGUUAACGCGUUUCGGUGACGAUAAUUAUCCAUCCUGUAAUUACAAAUGACCUUGUUCGAAGUACGACUAAGGCUUACGAUUUUUUAUGACAAAAGGUACUGCAUUAUUACAUAUUACGUAUGUGUAAUGAUAAAUUGGAGUAAUAGAUGUUUAACUCCGGAUGCAAGGUUGCUUGUAAACGUGGUAAACUAGUGACAAUUCAAAGUAGCAUAGUUAAACGACGCAUUAGUGUGCGCAAAAUGAAAAUGGGCGUCAUAUCAUGAUGCUUGUUUCUUCAAGUGAACUUAAACGGACAUUUAUUGGAAAAAUACACGUUGUAUCGUGGAGUUGAGAGAUUGUUUAUCUUCUCUACUUGCAAAUCCAAAUUGUGCAAUUGUACAUUUUUUUUGUUACAUUAUUAGAGUACUCGAAAUUGCGUAAUUUAAAUCGGCGUGAUGCCAUUCUUUCGGAUAUUUCUUCGGAUGCAUUUCAUCGGAUAUUUAGUAGUUCAAUAAGAAAAAAAUUGAGGGAAUAAUUUGGAAAAUUUGGAAAAUUUGGAAAAUUUGGAAUUCAAUUCUUAAUAAAUUCUAUGGACAUUGUUUUCGAUGUAAAACGAAGUACGCUUUAUCGCGUUAUAUUUUAUUCAUUACUUUAUCGAGUCAUAUAUGAUAAGGGCUCAUGUCUGACGACAACAAUCAGAACCAUUGUUGAACAUUUAACAUAGUUCCUCGAGUUUGCCAUUGAUGUUUUCAACCCGUUGGUUUACUCGUAUCUCCCGUUUAAUAUCCUUGGAAUACAGCAGAUAGACUUCAGUGCUUUAUUUUAUACCGAAAAGAAUGUUCGGAUUUCAAAAUUCUCGAAGUUAAUCCAAUUAUAAUUAUAUAGUCUAAUUUGAACUGGACUAUAAACAGUUGUUUUUUUUCAAUACGAUUAAUAAUUGUCGUAAAGAAAAUAGGUUUUAUUUGCACAUUAGCUCUAUAUAAUAGUGAAGAAUGAGAAGUGUAAAGUUACCUUCUUCUGUUUCAUGUAUGUACAAUAUUUUACAAAUGAUUGUGAUUGGUGAUAAGCGUGAUUUCAAUAGAAUCCUGUUUUGGUUGGCAAAUUUUUGAUAUAUUAUUAAAUAUUAUUAUUAUUAUUAGAUCGUCUAACAAAGUGUGAGAACAAAUUCGUUCUGCUCUUCUGCGAAAGGAGGGCAGAGUGACGCGAAUGCAUUCUGUUAAUUUUUGUGCUUGGAGGGGAAAAAAUUCACAACACUUGUUAUUUAAAGAUACUGCCGUCAUUGAGAUUUUAUCAAUGAUCAAUGCUGCUGUUUAGAUUAACGAGCCGGCGCCGACGUUAAGAUUAAUUGCGCUGCCACGUGCAGUUAGACAAGCUGUUAUUUUCGUUCGACGCGAAGACGAGCCGAAUUUAUUCUUACAAAUUACACGCUAUUUUUAACUUUAUUCACGUUGCUCGCGUAUCAGCUUCUUACGGACUUAGAGCGUUUAAACAAAGCGUUAACGUAAUACCAAUGUCAUGUCAGUGUACAUUCGGCCUUAUAUAUGUAUAUUAGAGAGAUUUUAUGAGAUAUCAAUAAUAUAUAAUUAUUUAUAUGUAUAUAUAUAUAUUUUUGCUUCAUCGAUAAUACGCGUUUCUUGUUUGUGGUAUUAUCUUUAUAUACAUACAUACAUAUAUAUAUACAUACAUACAAUCUACGGAAAUAUGUGAAUUAUCAUCAUUCAUUGUUAUUACUCUGUAAAAUGAGUUGUUUCUUCGAGAUAUUUUUAUUUCAUUAUAAGUUACAUGUGUUCUUUUUAAUUUUGCGUAUAUUUUCUCGGACAAAUUUUUAGUGAAUACUUCUCAAAUAUGACAAUUUUCAAAUUGCGUUUCUUUAAAUAGUAAGAAAAGAAAUUAGCCUAGUCAGUAGUAUAAUUUUGCGGUUUAUUAUGUUUCGUUUAACUUUAUAAGUUCUUAUUUCGUCGUUUUAUUUUCGUUGUCACACAUUUAGAAGAGUUAAUUUCAUCAGAGAGAACUUUUACAAUAAUUUACAUAUCUUUUUAAUUUAUUCUUAUUCUCGUAAAGUGAUAAGUUGCUGUCAAAAACCUAUUAUUUUUCAACUUCAGUAUUCAAUACGAAAUGCCAAAAUUCUUUGCAGACUCAGUCCGAGAUGUCGAUAUUCGACAUUGUGCAAUAAAAUGUAAAUCUUCUCGAAGGAACAAUUUUUGUUACGUGAAGAACACAGCAUUGCGUACACAUUAUCCUAUUAUUGUUAUGUCAAAAAAAUCUCUAAAACGCACGAGAUGCAUUUUUUUUAUUUGACGCUAAUCGAUAUAGCAGAGAUAACACAUUUUUCAAACUAAUGUUUUUUUGUAAUAAGGUAGAAUUAUUGGGAUCGGAGAGUAUGUUACACAUAUUUAAUAUCGCAUGGUAGAUUUAUUAUAGCUCUCGCUACGCAGACUGGUAUAUUGCCGUUGCUAGAUACACAAUAGUCUUUAUAUAUAAAUGGUGAGGAUCAAUUUAGAUGUGCAUCGUAAAGAAACCGUCAGUACGUAGACUGCACUAGAUGACAUUUUAAUCAAAGGUAUAGGAUGACUCAUGCGGCCUUCUUUUCGCAUAACGGAGAUAUGCGAAACAUAAAUGUCGCAAUUUCGUUUCGACAUAAGUAUUCGACGUUCACAAUUUUAAUUUUAUUACUCAUUUCAGGCAAAAUUAAUUAAUUUUUUUAAAGAAAUAAGUUAUAACACGGUUGCUUUCAUUUUCCAACUGAUUGCUAGAAGUAGAAUUUAAUUAAAAAACAACAGAUUCAAAUAACAAAUUUAACUCAAACAAUAUAUUUACUUGAUAUUGAGGAAAUUUUUUAUUUGUAAUUAACAAAUGUUAUAACAAUGAUAAAAUUAAAAUGAUUUGCAGCGAAAUCAGACUGUUGCGUCUCCGUUAUGAUGAAAGUCGGCGUGAAAUGGGUCGCUUCAUAUAUAAGCGUAAUACCGUACUUUCACGUUUUACCGUUAACAUCGUUCACUAAAUGCAUGUAAUUUGCCCUAAGAAAGUUUUGUGUUCAAUUUGUUAAAACUUAUUCAGAAGAGAGUUAUGUUAUUGUUAUAUAGGAAUAUAUGGAAAGUCUAUAAAUAUUAUAUAUAUAUACAUAAAUAUAUUACAACGUAUGUAGAAUAUAAGCAAUAUUGCAUUCGGACAUAUUCUUUUAAUAAUAUUCUUACAUAUACAGUAAUAUAAUGACGUAUAUAUAUG